AUGUUUAAUUUAAGCCAGAAAAGUCAAACCAAGGUGACAAAAUUUACAAUUGAAGGUUUCUCAGACUCCAAAGAUCAGAUUCCUAUUUUUGUAAUAUUUCUAAUAAUUUAUCUUAACAUUUUAUUCGGGAAUAUAAUGGUGUUUGCAUGCAUUACCUUGGACUCUCAUCUGCACACUCCAAUGUAUAUUCUCCUGGGCAGCCUAUCAAUUGUGGACAUUUUAUCUACCACAAAUAUCUUGCCAAAGCUCCUCUCCAUGCUCCUCACUCAGCAGAAGACCAUAACGUUUCAUGGGUGUAUGACUCAACUAUAUUUUUUCAUCUAUUUUACUUGUACAGAGUUCUUCCUUCUUGCGGUCAUGGCUUAUGACCGCUAUGUGGCCAUCUGUUACCCACUUCAUUAUGCCAUAUUCAUGAGUAAGGAACGUUGCACAUUGUUCUUAGUAGGAACGUGGAUUGCUGCUGCCCUGGAACCGGUUUUACAUACAGUUUUCAUAGCCAAUUUGCCGUUUUGUUCAUCCCGCCAGGUCAAUCAUUUUUUCUGUGAUAUUUCCCCUUUGGUAAAGCUUUCAUGCAAUAACACCAUUCAUGUGGAGAUUGCAACAUAUGUAUUGGGAGCAGUUGUGGGACUGAGCGCAUUCACAUUGACGUUGUUGUCCUAUGUGUUUAUUAUCAACACCAUCUUGAAUAUUAAGUCUGCAGAAGGUAGGCAGAAAGCCUUCUUUACCUGUGCUUCCCAUCUGAUAUCCGUUAUUAUAUUUUAUGGAACUUCCCUCACUUUGCAUGUUAGACCCACAGCAACAUAUGCCCCAAUGCAGGACAAGCUUUUCUCCCUUCUGUACAUUAUACUCAUCCCAGUACUGAACCCUCUUAUUUAUACCAUCAAGAAUAAGCAAUUUAAGGAGGCAUUUAAAAGGCUGAGUAGAUUUCUGUAG